AUGGCGUUCUUUCAUCUCCUCUUGGCAUUCUUGCUGGCUCUUGUGGCAGGUAGUAAGGCCACUAUGACCGCACCAGCCAAUACCACAAGCCUCUCCGUUGGAUCCACCUACAGUGCGCGCGUGCCAGUCACCUCAGAAACUAUGUCGACUAUGCCUCUUAACCCUAGCUCGGUUGAGACAACCUGGCCUCCGACCAAGACACAGCCAGGCCAGCCGGGUGUUUGCGACCUUUGGUACCGUGUUAAGCCAGGCGACUCUUGCCAGACAAUCUCAGAGCGUUCUGGUGCCUCCCUUUCUCUAGAUCAGCUGUUGGAAUGGAAUCCGGAGCUGAAAAAAGACUGCGAGCAUCCUCUAAUCGACUACUGGAUCUGCGUGGGGAUUUCAGGCGGGUCUGGUAUGACUCUGGUCUACCCCACUGGCUCUUCUAACGUUUCCAUUCCGCCAUACGCCUCCUGGACUCCCACCCCGACUCGAAACAUCACCUUCGAGCCAGCUGUCCCUGCCCCGACACAGGCUGGUCUAAUCCCGAGCUGUCAGUCCUUCUACAAGGCUGCUGCACAGAAUGAUACUUGCGAUAGAAUUCUACUCAAACACGGUCUACUGAAUGAGAAGCUCCUUCAUCAGUGGAACCCAGCUCUCAGGGAUGACUGUUCCGGUUUGAGGCCCGGGUAUUACUACUGCAUCGCUGCCUAUGACAACCUCCCACUUCCUCCACAUGUUACCACUCCGCCCCAGCCAACGCCGCAGGGCACAGCGAAGAAUUGCACCACUUGGUACCAGGCCGACAAGGAAGAUACCUGCAGCUUGAUUGUGACUAUGUUUGGCACGUUCUCGCGAGAGCAGUUCGUGUCUUGGAAUCCUAACCUUGGAAGGGAGUGUCUUAAACUUAUCCCUGGAUAUUAUUACUGUGUUGGUGAUGCAUCGACCCCCUCAACUCGUACUGCCAAACUUCCUGCACCCACCGAUUUCCCCACCUCCUAUUCUCAUCAACCUCGAGUAACUCGUGAUUGUAACAAGUGGUGGCUAGUCGGACCGACCGAUACAUGUCUUCUGAUCACCCUCGCCAACGGUAUCUCCGUCAAGGACUUCUAUGCCUGGAAUCCCGAUGUGGUGGGUCCCAACAAAAUGUGUGAAUACCUGCCUGCAGGAUUUGAGCACUCAGGUUUCCAGCUGCAGUGCUCCACCAGCGAGUACUCCACAUGUGUCUGGAUCUGCGCACUGUUCUGGCUCGGUGACGCCCAUCCUCACUGCUACCCAUACUCCUACUCCCACUUCAACAACGGCGACGACCACCUUGUGUCACGGAACUGGUUCUAUGACCUCCGCCUCGAUUACAGGCUCGAGUUAUUCUACCAUCGUGACAAGCCACUGCAGUCACUCCAGCUGCGGCUCCGUGAUUUCCACUCCUAUUGCCGACCACACCUUGAUCAUCACCACUCACUCCCAACCUCAAGCACUGACUUCAUGCCUAUUACCACCAUCCACCCUCUCAUCCCUAUCCCUAUCCCUAUCCCUGACCACACCACCACAGUCACGGCCUACUGUCCUCACCAUUUAUCGGGCUCGAAUUGUAUCCCCGUUCCUUCCAUCAGUUACAUCCCUCGUACCGUGACCCAUACAAUCACCACUCGUUGCUGA